CUGUUUACUCACAAUCUGAUUCUCUGUCUCUCGCUACUGACUCAAACUGUUCAUUUGACGAACAAGUUAAGUAAUAAGGAAGAAGAGAUUAUGGAUUUGAAUAAGUGGGGGGAGGGAGUCGACAGGAUCAGCAACUUACCCGACUCACUUAUUCAUCAUAUCCUCUCCUUUCUGAACAUCAAGCAUGUUGCUCAAACUAGCGUGUUAUCUAAAAGAUGGAGUUACAUUUGGAUCACUGUCCCCAUCCUUGAUUUUCAAGACCUGGAAUGUAUCAGACCUACUUCUUCGGAGACCAAUAAGUUCAUGGAUUUUGUAGAUGGAACAUUGCAUCGUCGGCAUAGCGGGGCAAAUACACAAAGGUUUGCUAUCACUUGGUAUAACGAUUUGAAUGAAUAUCGAGUUUUUUCUUGGAUUUUUAGUGCUGUAAGGAGUAAUGUUCAGCAAGUCACUCCACGUUUAAUCCAGAACGAACCCAUGAUUAUUACCCGCUCUCUUUUUACUUGUGAAUCGCUGAUUUCCUUGAAGCUAAAUGUAGUCCCUAGUGUCAGCUUUCCUAAUUAUAUCUCGUUUCCAAAACUCAAGUGCCUUGAACUCGAUGGAGUCGCCUUUAGUAAUGAAUACUGGAAUGAGAAGCUCUUUUCCAAUUGCCCCGUCCUUGAAGAUUUCAGUAUGGAACAUUGCACUUGGUUUGGUGUUCCAAAUUUCUAUAUUUCAACCCCUGCACUGAAACACUUUAAGAUUGAUAAUUGGGAGGACGAAUGGUUGCCGCGUGGAGAGGAUGAUGGGUUACAAGGUUGUACUCUCAAAGUUGAUGCCCCAAAUCUGGAGACAUUUUAUUACAAUGGUAGCAUUGCCAAGGAGUAUGUUCUGACAACCUUUCCGUUAUUAGUUAGAGCAGUCGUCCAGUUUCGCUUUAAACCAUAUGUUGCAACAAGGGAGCAAAGGAUUGAUCAUGGUGCAGCUAUAAGUCAGUUUCUUCGAGCCCUUGUGAAUGUAAAACGUCUAAGUGUUUCCGGUGAUACCUUACAGGCUCUCUCCUUUGCAGACGAUCUGUUAGAAAACCUGCCUACAUUUCACAAUACCAAGGAUUUGAUCAUAUAUGAGGAAGUAACCGCUGAUAAAGCACUAGUUGCUUUGCUCAAAGCAACACCUAAUCUGGAGUCACUUAUAUUUUACGGGCCGCUGCCUAGUGAUGACGAAGAAGAAGAUGAUGUUGCAGGCAGUGACGCUGAUGCUGCUGAGGGCGAAGACAACCAUGACAGCGAAGAUGACGUUGCAGGCAGUGAUUCUGAUGCUUCCGAAGGUGAAGACAACCAUGGCAGCGAAAAUGAUGAUUGGACAGUCAAUGUAGUGACAGCUGAUCCCGAAUGCUUAUUUUUACACCUUAAAUCGGUUUGCUUUUUGGAGUUCAGUGGGAGCCCAAUGGAGAUUAGAUGGUUGAAACUAAUUUUGAAGAAUGCAAAAGCUUUGCAAGCAAUGUCAGUUUCCACUUGCGAUAAGUUCCUUUUUAACACGAGGAGAGAAGUUGAACUUAUGGUAGAGAUACUAAGUCUUCCGAGAGCCUCAACAAGUUGCGUGUUUAAACUGCCCUCUUGGCUGAAAUCAAAAUUUCAGAUCAGACAGAGAGUAUCUCUAAUGGCGGAAGAUUCAGAAACCCUCGCUGCAAAUCCUCCUCCACCACCACCAUCAACAUCAUCGAUGCCGAAAUCUCCUGAAGAAAGUAUGUCUAAACAACCUCCUCAACAGGUGCCACCAUUUUCUGGCUUUCCAACUUUCAAUGGAGAUUUUCAGAUGUUUCCUAUCAUGUAUCCUGCAAUUGUACCUGGGUAUAUCCCUCUACAGAAUCAAGAGCACGUAAACAAUGGGGCUGGAAUUUAUGCUGUGCCUGUUCAUCAUUCUAUGGGUCGAAUGGCUGGCUUUCCUCCCACUACUCUUAUUCCUCUUACCUACAGUACUCCCACAAGGACAAGUCCUCCAGAGGGUGGUGCAGUAGCUGGAGAACAUGGACAACAAGAAGGGAGGCCACAGCAUGCUCCAGAACGACCAGUUGUAGUAAGGAGAUUUCACUUUGCGUUUCAGCUUGACUUGUUACUGAUACUGAAGCUGGCAGCUGUUAUUUUUGUGUUCAACCAAGAUGGAUCAAGACAAAGACUUCUUCUUCUUGUUUUCUUUGCUGCGCUUGUUUAUCUAUAUCAAACUGGAGCACUGACACCAAUAAUCCGGUGGCUUUCUCAAGGCAUGCAGAGAGCAGGGCCUCCACAAAGGCCAGCUGUCAGGGCUGAAAAUGCUCCUGCUGCUAUUAGAGCUGAGGAUGAAAAUGCUGCCCAGCCAGAGGUACAACCUGGAGCUGAGAACGUGAUUGGAGAAAAUGGGAACCAGCACGCUAAUGACGAAAACAUCAACCCUCAAGAACCCGCCGGCCGUGUCAACUGGUUGGUUAUUGUGAAGGAGAUUCAGAUGAUUGUCGUAGGAUUUAUCACUUCGUUACUCCCAGGAUUUCAUAAUGUGGAUUAGAGAUUAAUUUAUUAUAUGCAAAUUAGAAACCAGCCUCAUGGGUGUACUAAACAAAUGGAAAACCGCAAGAAAUGAAAUAGAAGGAAACAAAAAACAUUUUUCUUGAAUUAACAGAAUUUUUUCCUUGAUCUCUUCGUUGUUGUUGGUUUUGUAAGCUGUAAGUAUCUUUUCUAGUAUCUUGUGUAAAUUUUUUUGUGUACUUCAAUAAUGUCUUAUUUUACCAGUUCCUUGACCACUGGAUGCUGUCCUUCUAGGAUACUUUUCUUCA